AUGUCUUCCUUUUUUCAUUUUGUUAACCUACCAAUUACAAUCUCGUUACCUUCUCCCCACGCCUCUUCCGAAGAUGAUACCGAUUAUGAUUAUUUCUCCCCCUUACACAUUAUAGGUUACAUUUUUGGUUCCAUUUGGAUUAUAGAUUUCGGUCUCGCUUGUAGUCGAAGUGUUUAUAAUGAGAGUCGACUCAUCAAAACCAUAGAAAGCGGCACAAAACUUAAAACUAAUAUUUCAGAAGAUGAGUUCAUUCCUCGAUCAAUAAUUCUAAAUCAGCUCAAAGAAAUUCUUCAACCGACCAAAUAUCAUUCAUCUUAUCAUAUGAUUUGUGGUGAAUUUGGAACUGGGAAAACUCUACUAAUAAAAAUGGCAUCAAUAGAAGUUGGACAUGGCAUAAUUUAUGUUGAUGUUCCUUCUGAUAUUAAAGAUUUUGGAACGGCAUUUGGGGAAGCACUAAAUUUUGCAUUUGAGGGGGAUAUAACUCUUACAAGACAACUGAUACGAAAAAUUGGUAGUGGUACUACUAAUGAAGAAUCUAAUAUUCCUAAGUGGAAGAGAGCUUUGAGUGCUUUUAAACGUAUUGCUAAAGUGUAUAAAGCCAAACAUAACAAACCUCCAGUAAUUAUUUAUGAUAAUGUUAGCAGAUUGGCUCGUAUGGAUCCAGAUAUCCUUUACGUUCUACAAAAUGAUGCAAAGGAUAAUGCAGAUAAUAGGAGUUAUAUUGCUGUGUUUGUUUAUAGUGAAGGAGUUGUCCCAAAAUUAAUGAUGUCUCGAAGUGCCUGGUCACGAGCAAUAACGCCACCAAUGGAAAUCAGUGACAUUAGCGAAGAAGAAUCAAUGAAAUACUUGAUUGAGAAGCGUAAGAUCGAUGAAGAAAUGGCAAAAGAAUUAUAUCAAUUGGUUGGUGGUCGCAUUUUAGAUUUGAAGACUAUUGCAAAUGAUAUUUUAGCUGAACGAUCCAUUGAAGAUAUCAAGAAGCAAAAAUUAAUUGAAAUUGGUCAGAAAUUUGAUUCAACAAAACUGCUUCAAGGACAAAAAUAUUAUGAAGCGGGAAAACGGGUAAUUAAUGCUUUGCUGGAUUCAAAAGAGAUUAGCAUUAAUACAUUUAAAAGAAUUUUCAAGAAUAAUGAAAAAGAAUACAGUGAAGUCUUAGAAAAUAACGUGUUUACAUACCAUCCAUCAUGCAAUACUGUGAGUUUUCAGUCUCGAUCAAUAGAAUUUUACAUUCGGGAAAACUCUAAUAUAUUCAUUGAUUUAUUUGAUCUCGGCCCCACUGAUGAUUUCAAGCGUUAA